CCGGGGCAGUGCGCUGCGCAGGCGCGCGCGGCGAGGCCGGGUGGGCGCCGGGUGACGUCACGGCGCGCGACGCGAAGGCGGGGUCGGGCCUGGGUCCGAGGGUAGUGGGUACAGAGGGUCCGGGGUUGCGGGUAGCGGGCCGCAGGCCCCAGGCAACUGCCUCCCGGGCGCCAUGUUCGGUUCCAGUCGCGGAGGCGUGCGCGGCGGGCAGGACCAGUUCAACUGGGAGGACGUGAAGACUGACAAGCAGCGGGAGAACUACCUGGGUUGGUGGGCGCGGUGGGCGCGGCGGGCGGGCUCCCGGGCGGGCGCUGGGCUCACGGCGCCUACGUCCGCAGGCAACUCGCUGAUGGCGCCCGUAGGCCGCUGGCAGAAGGGCCGCGACCUCACCUGGUACGCCAAGGGCCGGGCGCCGUGCGCGGGCCCGAGCCGCGAGGAGGAACUGGCAGCAGUGCGGGAGGCGGAGCGGGAGGCGCUGCUGGCCGCCCUUGGCUACAAGAACGUGAAGAAGCAGCCCACAGGCCUGAGCAAGGAGGACUUCGCGGAGGUCUGCAAGCGGGAAGGAGGCGACCCCGAGGAGAAGGGCGUGGACCGGCUGCUGGGGCUGGGGAGCGCCAGUGGCUCCGUGGGCCGCGUGGCGAUGUCCCGAGAGGACAAGGAAGCCGCCAAACUGGGGCUGUCUGUGUUCACGCAUCACCGCGUAGAGAGCGGCGGGCCCGGAACCUCGGCAACCUCGGCCAGGAGGAAGCCGCGGGCGGAGGAUCAGACGGAAAGCAGCUCUGAGAGCCACAGGAAAAGCAAGAAGGAGAAGAAGAAAAAGAAAAAGAAGAAACACAAGAAAGAGAAGAAGAAGAAAGACAAAGAGCACAGGCAGCCAGCUGAGGCCGCCUCCUUUCCCACAUCUCCUGAGAGGCCCAGGCACCACCACAACUCCUAUUCCAACUCCCCCUGUUGUAAGAGGAGGAAGCGGGGACACAGUGGGGACAGGAGAAGCCCGUCUCGUAGGUGGCAUGACAGAGGCUCUGAGGCCUGAUGGCUGGACCCUGCUCACUGCUAUUGUGGGACCCUGAACUCUCCCUUUGCCUUGCUUGCCUCCUGCCUUGGAAGCCCCUCGUGUGUGGGUGAAGCCCGGGGCUGCUCCUGUGGAAGUGGCUCUGGGCACCAGCCUGUGGGGCUAAAGGCUGGACAGCUAGCUCUGGAAAACCUCCAGGUUUCACAUAGCGGGGAUGGUCCCUGGCUUGCCCUGCGAAGGUGAACCUGCCCAGAGGUACCAGUAGAAGCUGGACUCCCUCUGCCAGUAGAGACAGCAGCCAUGGGCCUAUGAGCAGUCUAACUGUGGCCAAGUAUGGUGACUUCUAUUUUUCCUUAUAUUGACUCUUUAUAUUUCAAUAAAUAUAUUUUAAAAGGAA